UCACUGCUUUGAUAGAAGUUCUAGAUUAAGAUUAUUACACUACAGGUAUGUUUCUAUGUUUUCUAAUAUUUCUUAACAACAAAAAAAGGGGGACAGAGAAGAUCCUGCAGAACAGUGGACAGGAAGAAAACUAUUAAUUAGUUUUUGUGGUGUUUUUUGAUUGUUUGAUUGUUUGUUUGUUUGUUUGUCUCCGCUUUAAAAUUAACCUCAUUGUGUCCACACUGUCACUUUUUAAACCAAAGCUAUGAAGACUUCGACGCUGGACCGAAUAACGGGAUUAAGCAUCAGGUGUGUGUGUGCGCUCGCGCUCGCCACAGCCUCUUGUUGCUUUGUCUCCGCUCCGAGGGCGAUGCUGAGCGCUGUGUCGCCGAUUGAAUCCCGGAGCGCGCUUCCGGGCGGCCUAGCCGAGAUCAAUACCGAGUGCUGGGACGCGGCGUCGCUCGCGCUAAUUGAGGCGCGGAAGAUGCGCGCGGUCGACGGCGUGGCGGCGCUCUGGGACGUAAUGACGCGCCUGCACGCGUCCCCGCAGCCCCGGCACCAGGAGCUAUUCAUGAAGCUCGCGCAGGCUUUCUGGGAGCGCUACGUGGACUGUGUGAUGUCGCGCGCGCAUGGACUGGGUAGGAGAAGGUCAGCUGUCUCUGGAGGAGACCGUCAACAUUCAUUCUGAUGUCCAAUGUCUGUGUUUUAUGUAACUAAAAACUGGGUAAAUAAAUGUAUUAUUAUUUAGA